AUGAAGUCCCUUCAUGGCCUCGUUGGCCUCCUUUUCUUAAGCGAAGAUGUGAUCAAUGCUGCUCAAGAUGAGAUCGGUAACACAAUCAGGAAACGCAACGUCGGCAAGCGCAGCACUGAUAACCGACCACUCUCUCAGGAGGUCAUUUCCUUUAGGAUUGACGACGAGUCACGCGGCAUAAUCAUUGACGCCGAUGAUGCUACAAUCCAGACCUUGCUCAUGUCUAACGAAAUCGCCACUAUCGAGGCCAACACACGUGGUUCACUCGAUGCCAAGGUCUCCCAGUCGGAUGCUCCCGGUAACCUUGUCCGCCUCUCGAAGAACCUGAUUGAUUGCGUGUCGAAUUACGACUAUGAUGAAUCAGGUGGUGAAGGAAUCACAGUCUACGUGCUCGAUGGAGGCAUUCGGCUCACGCAUCAAGAGUUCAAAGGGCGUGCUACUUUUGGCGCCAGGUUUUCAAAAUCUACCAGUGAAGAGGACCAAGAUGGCCACGGAACCCAUGUCUCCGGUAUCAUCGGCGGCGUAAAGUUUGGCGUCGCCAAGAAGGUGAAGCUCGUAGCUGUCAAACUGGACCCUGAGGCAUCACAAAUGAUACAGGCGUUGGAAUUUGUGCUCGCGGACGUCAAAAAGAAGGGCAUCCAAGGAAAAGCCGUUAUUAGCAUGUCAAUGCACGUCGACGGCUCCGAAAUCGUCGACAAGAAGUUUAAACACCUCGUUGACUCGGGAGUCGUGGUGGUCAUGGAUGCCGGUCAGUUCUCUCCCGGAAGGGAUCCCAGCGUCAUUACGGUUGCAGCAAUGGAUCACAGGAAUGACUUCCACUGGUCAAAAUCAAACUACGGUCCCUCAGUUACCAUCUACGCUCCUGGCGUUGGUAUCGAGAGUUCGUACUUCCGCUCCGAUACUGCCACUAGAUAUCUCAAUGGCACAAGCCAGGCUACGCCUCAUGUUGCUGGCCUAGCUGCAUACAUCAUGGCACUCGAGGGCAUCACGCAGCCGGCCAAGGUUAUGUCACGUCUGAGAGAGCUUGCGGACGACACGGGAGCUCGGGUUCAGUGGACGGCCCCAAACACGACCAGCCUUAUUGCAACCAACGGACUGGCAGGUAAACUGGAUCCUGCCAUUGCAAACAAGGUCAAGAAGUUCCCUUGGAUAUCCUCUGUCAUCCAGUCGUGGAACUGUGGCAUCCCGGAUUAUAGCGAUGAGGAUUGCGGCACCUUGGUCUACUGUAAUUCUUACGACGAAUGGCCUGAAACCCCCAAGAGAGGCUUCUUCAAAAGCGCCCAGGAAUGCUUCGAUGCCCAUGAACCGGCACCCAUCCUACCCUGGAUUGAAAAGCCAACGACAGUCCGUCCCGAGUCUUGCAGCGGCGAGAUUAUCAGUGAGGGCGUCUUGGGCUAUGGCGAGAGGGUGUGUGGUACCAAAUUGUUCUGUGAGGCGUUUGACCUAGACCCGAAACCCGAGGGAUACAAGAAUGCAAAGGCCUGUUUCGACGCUCACGAGCCUCAACCCUCUGCGAACAAAACCACGCCCGCCGUUGCAGCAUAG